AUGGCAUCAAAGGAAGAGACACCUGAUCAGGAGGUCUACGCUUUUAAUGCUGAUAUCUCACAGCUUUUAAGCUUGAUCAUCAACGCAUUUUACAGUAACAAGGAAAUUUUCCUACGUGAACUUAUUAGCAACGCUAGCGAUGCACUGGAAAAAAUUAGGUAUGAAGCAAUCAAAGAUCCAAAGCAAAUCGAGGAUCAACCCGAUUACUAUAUCAGGUUAUAUGCCGACAAAAACAACAACACCCUGACAAUAGAAGAUUCAGGUAUCGGAAUGACCAAAGCCGACCUGGUCAACAACCUGGGUACAAUAGCAAAAUCAGGAACAAGAGCCUUCAUGGAGGCAUUGCAAGCAGGCUCAGAUAUGUCAAUGAUAGGACAGUUCGGUGUGGGUUUCUACUCAGCAUACCUGGUCGCAGAUAAGGUGACAGUGGUUUCCAAAAAUAAUGCAGACGACCAGUACGUCUGGGAGUCAAGCGCAUCAGGACACUUUACAGUAAAGAGAGAUGACUCACACGAGCCACUAAAGAGAGGAACGAGACUAAUAUUACACUUGAAGGAGGACCAGACUGAGUACCUUGAGGAGAGAAGACUUAAGGAACUGGUAAAGAAGCACAGCGAGUUCAUUUCAUUCCCAAUUUCUCUGUCAGUAGAGAAGACACAGGAGACGGAAGUUACCGAUGAUGAGGCAGAACCAGAAGAGGAAAAGAAGUUAGAGGAGGAAGAUAAGGAUAAGGAGGAAAAGGUAGAGGAUGUGACAGAUGAGAAAGUGACAGACGUCACUGAGGAAGAGGAGAAAAAGGAGGAAAAGAAAAAGAAGAAAAGGAAGGUAACCAACGUUACACGUGAGUGGGAAAUGCUUAAUAAGCAGAAACCAAUUUGGAUGAGACUCCCAACUGAAGUUACCAACGAAGAGUACGCAUCGUUCUACAAGAACCUAACCAACGAUUGGGAAGACCACCUGGCUGUAAAACAUUUUAGCGUUGAGGGUCAACUCGAGUUCAAAGCAUUACUGUUCGUCCCAAGAAGAGCACCGUUUGACAUGUUCGAGUCCCGCAAAAAGAAAAACAACAUCAAGUUGUAUGUCAGACGUGUAUUUAUCAUGGACGACUGCGAGGAGCUGAUUCCAGAGUGGCUUUCCUUUGUAAAGGGUGUAGUAGACUCUGAGGACCUGCCUCUAAACAUUUCUCGUGAAACACUCCAGCAGAACAAGAUCCUCAAGGUUAUUAGGAAGAACCUAGUUAAAAAGUGCCUAGAGUUGUUCAAUGAACUUACUGAGAAGAAGGAAGACUUCAAGAAGUUCUAUGAGCAGUUCAGCAAGAACCUUAAACUGGGAAUCCACGAAGAUAACGCAAAUCGUUCAAAGAUUGCCGAACUCUUGAGAUUCGAGACAACCAAGAGCGGAGACGAACUCGUCUCACUGAAGGAGUACGUCGACAGAAUGAAGAGUGACCAGAAGUUCGUGUACUACAUUACAGGAGAGUCGAAACAGAGCGUAGCAUCAAGUCCAUUCCUGGAGACGCUGAAGGCACGCGACUACGAAGUGCUCUACAUGACUGACCCAAUUGACGAGUACGCAGUACAGCAAAUCAAGGAGUUCGAAGGAAAGAAGCUCAAGUGCUGUACUAAGGAGGGACUAGAACUUGAUGAAGGUGAGGAUGAAAAGAAGUCAUUCGAGGCACUCAAGGAAGAAAUGGAACCGUUGUGCAAGCACAUCAAGGAAGUACUCCACGACAAGGUCGAAAAGGUUGUUUGCGGAACAAGGUUCACUGACUCUCCAUGCGCACUGGUAACCAGCGAGUUCGGAUGGAGUGCGAACAUGGAACGUAUCAUGAAAGCGCAAGCACUGAGAGAUUCAUCCAUAACAAGUUACAUGCUGAGCAAGAAGAUCAUGGAAAUUAACCCGAGACACAGCAUCAUGAAGGAGCUCAAAGCCAGGGCAGCAAAUGACAAAACAGAUAAAACCGUCAAGGACCUAGUCUGGCUUCUCUACGACACAGCACUCCUCACCUCAGGCUUCAACCUAGAUGAGCCCACCCAGUUUGGAAACAGGAUCUACAGGAUGAUCAAACUCGGACUCUCGCUAGACGAUGAAGAACACGUUGAGGACGACUCAUCAAUGCCGCCAUUGGAUGAACCUGUAGUCGACUCCAAAAUGGAGGAAGUUGACUGA